AUGACGACGACAACUGUUCGUUUUUAUGAUUCAACAUUUUAUACAGUUGCAUUAACAUCCGUUGCUUAUUUAUUAUUUCAAAUAUAUUCUAUACGUCCACAUACACAUCGACUCAUAUUAUUUAUAUCAUUUAUAUGUACUUGUCUUAGUUGUGAAACAUUUUUUCAUAUAUUUCAACCAAAUUCAUUAGUUCAUUUUUCUAAUUUAAAUAUAACAAAUUAUUUUUCACCAACAAUUAUACAUUUAACAUUAUUAUUAUCAAUAUCAUCAUUUUUAUGGAAUGCAACACAAUGUGCUGCAUUAGCGUCAAUACUUCUUCCAACAAAUUCAAAUGAUAAACAACAACAACAACAACAACCACCAAAUUUUGUUUUACGUCGUUGGCUUCGUCAUGUAUGUGUGGAUCAUGUAUUUGCAUUAUUACUUGUUCGGUUAGGACGUUUAACUGAUGUUGCAACAAUAACUGCAUUAAGUAAUAUGGCAAGUAUAUGUGUUAUGACAAGUUGGUGUUCACAAAUAGCUGUUUUUCCAUGUAUGCUUUGUUUUCUUUAUUCAUUAUUUAUUGAUUCAACCACAACAAAUUCGGAUAAGAAAAAUUCUUCAACUAUAUUAACAACAAAUACAGAUGAAUUUAAUUCUGUUUUACAUCGUUUAAAAAUUAUUAAAAUAAUGGGUUUAGCUUUAUUUGGGUUAAAAAUAUCAGCUUUAUCAUUAUGUGAAACAUUAGCUUUAGGUUUAACGGCAACAAUUUGUUUAUCGUGUCUUGUUGUUGCACCACCUGGACGUGAAAUGUCUAAAUAUACAAGAAUAUUUGAUAUAUUUAUUGGUAAAAUAGUUGAUGAAGAUAAAGAUGAAACAAUAACAAAUGAAAAUGUUAAACAAUCAGGCAUUGUACAAAAAUCAACAAUAUCAAAAAAUGAUGAUUCUCAUUCUCAUAAUACCGUUCAUCAACGCUUGAUAGCUCGUACAAGUCUUUCGCAUUCAACAUCGUCACCAGUUAUUGAAGUACCUUCAACGAAACCAUCUGAAUUAAAUACAAAGCCAACAAAAGUUAUUGAUUAUUCAACUUUGACUGAUGAUGAAAUUUUAGCAAUGAUUAAAUCUAAAACAUUAGCUGCACAUAAUCUUGAAAGAUAUUUACCAUUAUUACGAGCAGUACAUAUUCGUCGUCUUUUAUUAAAUGAACAAUUAAUAUCGACAAAAAAUACUUUAUCAUCACUUGAUUCAUUACCUUAUGAACAUUAUGAUUAUUCAUUAGUUGUUAAUCAAUGUUGUGAAAAUGUUAUUGGAUAUGUUGAAAUACCAGUUGGUUAUGCUGGUCCAUUACGUGUUGAUGAUAAAUAUUAUUAUAUACCAUUGGCUACAACUGAAGGUGCACUUGUUGCUAGUACCAAUCGUGGUUGUAAAGCUGUAACAAUGUCCAAUACAGGUAUUGAAACAAUAAUAUUUAAUGAUGGUAUGACACGUGGUCCUGUACUUAAAUUUAAUACUAUUCGACAAGCACAUGAUGCAUACGAAUGGCUUGAAACAAAUUUUGAUGAAAUAAAACAAUGUUUUGAUCAAACAAGUUCAUAUGCACGUUUAACCCAUAUAAAACGAAAUUUAGCUGCACAUUAUUUAUUUGUUCGUUUUGUUGCAACAACUGGUGAUGCUAUGGGUAUGAAUAUGUUAUCAAAAGGUGUUGAAGCUGUAUUAACACUUAUUAAAUCAAAAUGGUCUGAAACAGUUGAUAUAAUUAGUAUCAGUGGAAAUUAUUGUAUAGAUAAAAAACCAUCAGCAUUAAAUUGGAUUGAUGGACGAGGAAAAUCAGUUGUAGCAGAAGCUGUUAUAUCACAUGAAAUACUUGAACAAGUUCUUAAAACCAAUGCUAGUCGACUUGUUGAAUUAAAUCAAUCGAAAAAUUUACUUGGUUCAAUAAUGGCUGGUUCUAUUGGUGGAUUUAAUGCACAUGCAGCAAAUAUUGUUGCUGCUAUGUUUAUUGCUUGUGGUCAAGAUCCAGCUCAAGUUGUAUCUAGUAGUAAUUGUCUAACAUGGCUUGAAACAACUGGACCUGACAAACGUGAUUUAUACAUAUCAUGUACAAUGUAUUCAGUUGAAGUAGGAACUAUUGGUGGUGGUACAAAAUUAGCUGCUCAACAAGCUUGUCUAAAAAUGCUUGGUAUUGAUGGUUCCUCAGUACAGAUGCCUGGUGAUAAUGCUUGUCAACUAGCUCGUCUUAUAUGUUCGACAGUAUUAGCUGGUGAACUUUCAUUAAUGAGCGCAUUAGCUACUAAUGAUCUUGUUCAUUCUCAUUUACGACUUAAUCGUAGUGCAACAGCUCUGAAUCAAUUCAGAUAA